AUGCUUUACGUCUGGAGCAUCUCCGGAGACCAGCUCGCGGCUAUGUCAAGCGCAGAUGUUGAGGACGUGCGGACAGUCAAAGCAGAACUGUACCGAUUGCACGGAUGGUCGCGAUUUCGACAGAGGCUCCUUCACGAUGGUUGUGUUUUGGAGAACACUGCCAGUUUGGAUGGUCGCGUCGAUGUUCAAAUGCUUCUCGUGGAUUUUGCAUCUACCAGCUGGAAUCAGGCAGACUCACUGACCAAAGCUGUCACGUCGGGCAAUGUGGGUUUGGUGUCGGAGAUCUUGGAUAGGCCACAAGAUCCAAACUACGCCGACACACGGGGCCGCAAGCCGCUGAGCUUGGCACUGCGUUGCGGUCACAUUGGCAUUGCGCAGUUGCUGUUGGAGGCUGGGGCAGGCAGGGAUUUCAUCGGCCAGAGCCGGCAGGAAGCCUUUGAGGAGGCCAUCAUGCGAGGACAGGCGGAAGUGGUUCAACUGCUGCUAGAGGUCGGAGCGCACAAGCCUUGGGCGACUCACGAUCGUGAUAUGCUUCCAUUUGCCGUGCAAUGUGGUCGGACUGACAUUGUGUCAAUGCUGCUGGCUGCUGGGUUCAAAGAAGUCAUGAUUAAGGCCCUCCUGUUUGCCAUCAUUAAGCAUCGCGCCGACAUGCUGCGGCUGCUGCUAGAUUCUGGUGUCCAGCGCAGAGACAUGGCAAUUGCAUGCCAGGCCGCUUCAAACGAGCAAAAGCAUGAUCUCGUUCAAGUGCUAGUGGAAGCUGGGGCAAGCUCACCGGUUGCUGCCACUGCACCACGUCUGGACACAGACAAAUUUCAUGCUGCUGCGCGUGCUAUAGUGAUGCGAGGUCUAGAUGCCGCACAGACGACAGCUGCUAUCCGGGAUUUGUUUUAUUCUUCGCUAUCUUCUUCGAUUCCCCCUCCCCCUACUACUCCCCCUCCUCCCUCACGUGCCGCUCCCUUGCCUCCUGUUCCACCAUUCCGACCCCCACCACCUCCACCAACCUCUCCCUUGCCACAGCCCGACGCUGCGGCCCCAAAGAUGCGACCCUGCCACCGCAGAGGCUUCCAUGAUUGCGGUUGCUUCAGCAUGCUGGCCUUGGGACGCAGGGCCGAGUGA